UCUCUGAAACGCUUCCCACCUGCUGCCAUGUGUCGCCGCCACAGGUACCUAGCUUGUCGUUAAACUUUUCCAGCUCUGGCCGGAUUCGGAGUCUCGGGACGGAGGAGCCCGACUGGCUGCAGACAUUGCCGCCCAGCAGGAUCCUUAGAGAGUUGUGUCCUUGGAAUCGGAGCCCUAAUCAUCUCUCUAGCCCUAUCUGGAGUGGAGCGCUGCCGGCGGAGGCAGCGCCUUCCCGAGGCAGUUUAUCUUUGGACGGAUUUCUUUAAGAGAAAAAGAAACCAACAGGUUGCCAGCCCGAGCGUCACACUCAAGAUUCCGGAGAGGUGGAAGCCGGGGCCGCGGAUUCGUCGGUCAUCGCCGACCCUCUCGGGCAGCGGGAGGCAGGGGGAAGAAGGGGGCGAUGGCUCGGCCCGACCCGUCCGCUCCGCCCUCACUGCUGCUGCUGCUGCUAGCGCAGCUGGUGGGCCGGGCAGCGGCUGCCUCCAAGGCCCCGGUGUGCCAGGAAAUCACGGUGCCCAUGUGCCGAGGCAUCGGCUACAACCUGACGCACAUGCCCAACCAGUUUAACCACGACACGCAGGACGAGGCAGGCCUGGAGGUGCACCAAUUCUGGCCUCUGGUGGAGAUCCACUGCUCACCGGACCUGCGCUUUUUCCUGUGCUCCAUGUACACACCCAUCUGCUUGCCCGACUACCACAAGCCCCUGCCACCAUGCCGCUCGGUGUGCGAGCGCGCCAAGGCCGGCUGCUCCCCUCUCAUGCGCCAGUACGGCUUCGCCUGGCCGGAGCGCAUGAGCUGCGACCGCCUCCCUGUUCUAGGCGGUGACGCCGAGGUUCUGUGCAUGGAUUAUAACCGAAGCGAAGCCACCACCGCAUCCCCCAAGUCCUUCCCGGCUAAGCCCACUCUCCCAGGCCCACCAGGGGCGCCAUCUUCCGGGGGCCAGUGCCCCUCCGGAGGUCAGUCUGUGUGCACGUGCCGCGAACCCUUCGUGCCUAUCCUGAAGGAGUCACACCCUCUGUACAACAAGGUGCGCACCGGCCAGGUGCCUAACUGUGCAGUGCCCUGCUACCAGCCAUCCUUCAGCCCCGAUGAGCGCACGUUCGCCACCUUCUGGAUUGGCCUGUGGUCUGUGCUGUGCUUUAUCUCCACAUCCACCACUGUUGCCACCUUCCUCAUCGACAUGGAACGAUUCCGCUACCCUGAGCGCCCCAUCAUCUUCUUGUCAGCCUGCUACCUGUGUGUGUCGUUGGGAUUCCUGGUGCGCCUGGUCGUGGGCCAUGCCAGCGUCGCCUGCAGCCGCGAGCACAGCCACAUCCACUAUGAGACUACUGGCCCUGCUCUGUGCACGGUCGUCUUCCUCUUAGUCUACUUCUUUGGCAUGGCCAGCUCCAUCUGGUGGGUCAUCCUGUCUCUCACCUGGUUCUUGGCGGCUGGCAUGAAGUGGGGCAACGAAGCCAUCGCAGGCUAUGCCCAGUACUUCCACCUUGCUGCCUGGCUCAUCCCCAGCGUCAAGUCGAUUACAGCGCUGGCCCUAAGCUCUGUGGAUGGGGACCCUGUGGCCGGUAUCUGCUAUGUGGGCAACCAAAACCUGAACUCGCUGCGUGGCUUUGUCCUGGGUCCACUGGUACUCUACCUGCUGGUGGGCACGCUCUUCCUUCUGGCGGGCUUCGUGUCACUCUUCCGCAUCCGGAGCGUCAUUAAGCAGGGUGGCACGAAGACGGACAAGCUGGAGAAGCUCAUGAUCCGCAUCGGCAUCUUCACUCUGCUCUACACGGUGCCAGCCAGCAUUGUGGUGGCCUGCUACCUGUAUGAGCAGCACUACCGAGAGAGCUGGGAGGCGGCCCUCACCUGCGCCUGUCCAGGACCUGAUGCAGGCCAGCCGCGCGCCAAGCCCGAGUACUGGGUGCUCAUGCUCAAGUACUUCAUGUGCCUGGUGGUGGGCAUCACGUCGGGAGUCUGGAUCUGGUCCGGCAAAACCCUGGAGUCUUGGCGGCGCUUCACCAGUCGCUGCUGCUGCAGCUCAGGGCGGGGCCACAAGAGCGGUGGCGCUAUGGCCGCAGGGGACUAUGUGGAGGCCAGCGCCGCGCUCACCGGCAGGACCGGGCCGCCCGGCCCCGCCGCCGCCGCAUACCACAAGCAAGUGUCCCUGUCGCAUGUCUAGGAGGCCUGGAGGCCGAGGCCCAGGGACAGUGCCGGAAUUGAAGGAGGGGGUUGUUUUGCUUGGUAACUUUGUGAAGGUCACUUCCGUUUACCUUCUUGGUGCUGAUGCCCCCUCCCUGAGGGGCUUGGAGAGGGAAAGGGGCCGGUUUCAAGAGAGUACUUGUCCCCCAGUCUUCUGCCAUGGGGCGUGCAGUGUAUUCUAGUUUGUAUUUCUUACUGCCUUCUUUAGAAGAACCCUGUUUUUAAUUUAUAUGUAUUUUAAUUUUUAACAUUGUUGCAUUUUGGCAACAAAAUUAACCUUUGCUUUGGGGGCUUCACAAUCCUCAAGCUGUCAUUGUAAAGAGGUUACCCUCGGUUCAGGUUUCUUUGGUUGUGUGGUUUGAAUUGGGAAAAUAUAUUUCCUAUAUGUGUGUCUUUUGUUGUUGUUGUUUGUUUGUUUAUGUGAACAGUGAAAGGCUGCUGUGACUGGGAAGGUGUGGAGUAUCUUUUUUAUGAUUAUUUUUUUAAACUAGUUUUUCCUUACACUGCUUAAAAUGUCCAGGACACAUAGAGGCCAUAGGCCAUCUGCUAGUUCUGUGUAUAACCCCCUCCCCCCCCCACCUCCCCGGGAAUGGAGCUUGAUGUGGGUUAGGACCAUCCCCAAGUUACAAGGUUGGGGAGCUAAAGAUUUUGUGAGCCUCCUUAACCUUGCAAGCGCUGGGCUCCCUUCAGCCUGGCCGCAGUCAUGCUCAUUCCUAAGAGCCCGCGCCUCGUCUUGACUAUGUUAGAGGUGGCACUAUAGAGCUGGACAUAAACAUUUGCCAUAGUGAGCGAGCGAGUGCCCGAGGGAUGGCGAUUGGUUGAAUGUGAAUUCUGAGCUGGUGAGGUGACUGGCGAGGUGCUGAACUUUGUGCCGGAGAGGGAGUGGGUGGUUCUUAAUGAGCUCCAGUGAUCCCUUAUUAUUUUUAAAGAAACUUGUGCUACAAAUUUCAGUAAAAGUAAAGCCACUCCCUUCUUCUGGAAGUACUUAGGAACCCUUGCUAAAGGGGGCUCCCUUUUAGAGUAAAGGACGAAAAACGGAUAUGCUUCCAGUAAUUAAAGUAAGUUCCCAUUGCUGUUUAUCUGCUCCUCCCACCCCACCUCCUUUAUCAUGCUAAACAGUCUUUCUCGCUUUUCUUAUUCCUCCUCCCGGAGAGCGGUGAUUAGAAACCACACCCACCCUCUAAAGAGGUGCUGCAACUGGAGGGAGCUAGGUACCUGAGAACAAACAUGGGCUUGGAGGAAGGAAAACAAGUGUCCCUGAAUUCAGGGCUAGUUUAAUGCCAGAUGGCCCCAAAGCAGCAACACGGAUCCCUGGUAGUCUCUGGAAAAUAAACAGGACCCAUAACUUAAGCUCGGUAAUAUGGGCAGUUGUAAUGCUACUGCUGGAGGUACCGUCCCUCACCUCGGAUUUCUUUUCCUCUUCUGAGAAAGCCUCAACACCUCCCCCCCCCCAGUCUUUCUGCUAUUAGAAAAGUCUGUUUGCUUUCCUAAUCUGUUUAACCAUUCAUUCACUAAGAGUGUGAGGCCAGUACUGGGAAAGAAGUGCCAGUGACCAAGGCAGAGUAGAGAUUGAAUUUAGGAAGCUAAAAUGGCCAAGCAAUUAAAACUUCACAAAGCUUCCCAAGAAAAACAGCUGGAGUCUAGGCAUCCCGGUUUUCAUUUGCAGCAAAUGGGGGUAAGCUUGAAUCUGCUUUACCUCCCAGGUACUGAGUGGAGAAAUGCAUAGUUCCCACUGGGAAUUUAAAUGCUUAAGGCCUGAGUCUUAAGGUUGCUUGGAAGCUGUUCAUGUUUGUAAAAUUCACUACCCUUACUGACUCUUGAGCCGAAAUUAAAACUUCAGUAGCUCCCGAAAAACCUCGUACACCUAGCUACAAAGCUCUGUAAUGAAUGUCUUAUUCUGUUUAUUUUGAAACCUCUUCCGGGAAGCCCAAUAGGCUCCCUGUCUCAGCACCACAAAUGCUGUUUUUCAGAUGAGGCUCUUUUCUUAUCACCUUGACCCCUUGGUUUGUUUAGCAUGACUUCCUGGAAUCUGCUGCCCAAGUCAACUGUGCCUAGUCUGGGUUGUUCCCUCUUCAGGAAGAAAACUGUGGAGGAAUCUAGAAAAGAUGUACAGUGUAUCUAAAAGUUGUGGGAUGAAGUGAUGAAAGUGAUUUAAUUCACUUUUUAAAAAAAUGAUUAUUUUUUUCAACAUGCCAAAGCGAGAAAAAAAAGAACAAUUACUUCCCUUUGAAAAAAUAAGAAAGCUGAAACAGAUGCCAUGCCAAGGCGAUGGAUUAGGUUUGGAAGGAGCCUCAGAGGUCUCUUUUGUUUCCUGUCCUCCUCUUUCCUCUUUUCCUUUCUCUCCUACCCUAAGGAGACAAAGAGAGCCCACCUGCUUCUCUGAAGGCUUACUGACUUGGGCUCUAGUCUGCUCUAGGGGAGGGGAGGAGGGAGCUGCGUGUGUGGGUGUGUGGAUGGUCACCCCCUCUUUCCGCCACACAUUUUCCUCUACUUUGCAUUUCUGUUGUGGUAACAAUAAAGGGAUCGACACGAAGAUCUGUAGGGCAGUCCAGCAACAUCUGCCCAGCAGGGAGGAGUUGUGCUGGUUCCAGCUGCAGUGUGCAUGUUCUAGCCGCCCCUGCUCACCUCUCUGAGCACUAUGAUGCUACACAGGUUAGAGGGUGAAGUUAGGUAGUCUAAAGAAAGAGAUGGGACCUCGCUGAUACCGCUGGCCAAAUGUUAGGGAGGUUUUUAUUAUUAGUAUUUAAUUUUAUAGUAGUUCCCUCCUCAUAUUUUGAAGUUGUCUAAAUUGGAUGAAAAUCAUUUUUCUUGGUGCCUUAAUUGGUUUCUUCUUGCAACCCUUUUGUCAUAGUUUGAUGUGACCAUUGCCAGUGACCAGGGCCUGUGUAUGCCUUGUGUGUAAUUGUGCACAUGUACAAGCUCAAAUAAUGUGCCUAUGGCACUUGUUCUAAGUUGGUAUUCAUUAGGCUGUUCCCUCCUGGGCCAGGGCAGCACUAAUCUUGACACUGGCUGCCAGGAGACAACGUCAUGGAUCAUAUACCGAACCUUAAUAACAGCAUCUGUGACCUGCACUGGCGAGUGUAGAAUGGGAACCCCAGAGCUAGGAAGCACAGUUGUGUAUUUUAAUGAACUACUGGCUCUGCUAAGGAGGCCUCUUUCACUUUUGUGCUCUGCAGAAAGACCAAGGGGGGUAGGAGGGACAAAGCUUUGAAUAAGUGCUUUCUAACACCGAACAUGGCAAACAGGACUGAGCACAUCACAAAUCUAGGCAGGUGUGAGGUACGGUGGCUAAGAAUUGCCUGCUGCCUCUCUGUGUCCUUUCGUCUUCGUAGUCCAAUCAAGUGAUCCUGGGAAAGAAACAGCCUGGGUUGGGGAGGACAGCUCAGAAAGAAAAUUCUAUCAAGACAUUAAAGAAGGGUGAAGGGUAGGCAGGAUGUGACUAACCUGAUUUGAGCUCUCAGAAUCUUCUGUAGCUGGAUGACAAUUGCAGGAUCUUUUUUUUUUUUUCUUUUCCAUCCAGGAUAAUGUCUGUCUGUGGUACAUCAUUUUAAGACAAUAUUAAUUCAUGUUAUUAUAAACUAUGUAUAGUAUGUAUGUUUUGUGGGUGUGUAUAUAAGUAAUAUAUAUUAUAUAUACAUAUAUAUAUAUAUAUGAGAGAGAUUUAGUGACUUUUGAUACGGGUUGGUGCAGGUGAAUUUAUUACUGAGCCAAAUGAGGCACAUACCGAGUCAGUAGUUGAGUCCAGGGCAUUCAGUGCUGUGUAUAUGAUCUGUAUACAUGUAUAGUGCCUAUCUCGUGCAGUAAGAACCAUCGCUGUCACGCCAAAUCCAGCACUCACAAGUCAGAGCCAGUGAUAUUUUAUUUGUUAGACAAUCAGCUUGAAUUUAUAGGUAAUGACUGGCAAUGAUUAUAAUUCUGAAUCCAUAACACUAACAAAAGGAAACCCAGAGUAUCUUGGAGAGAAUUUUGUUUUGUUUUGUUUUGUUUUGUUUUGUGCCUGGAAGUACAACAGCAAUUGUAUAUGGUUAUGUUAGUAUCAAGAUCCUUAACUUGUUGACUUUAUGAUUUUGGAAAUUUUUUGUAUAUUUGUGGGAAGGUAAAAUAAUGGUUUAAGAUUUUUAUCAAAUAUGGAGAUUAGUUAUUUAUGAAAAGCAAAGAAAUGUCUAUUUUUGUUUCUUUGUUCCCAGUUCAUGUAGAUAACUUUUUAAAAUGCAUUAAAGCAGCGGUGAUGAAAACACA